AUGUCCGGCACGCUACCUUUUAUAGAAGAUUCAACAGGGGAGAAAUUCAAAAGACAAAAAUACAAAGAGCAAAGCUUUGUUGAACUGAAAGAGCGUGGUAGCAGAGAUACAAAAGAACAUACACCUACUACAGCAUUAUCAUAUGAUGAGGUCAAUGACGACCUCGAUGAGUUGGUUGCAUUGAGAGGAGAGGGAAGAUAUUUUGGUGUUACCGAUCCAGAUGACGAAUCCGGAAUAUCGAGGCAAUCGUUGGGCCCACUAUGUGCAAAUUGUUACAAAAGAGGACACACAAGAGCCAAAUGUACAGUGGUCAUUUGUCAUAAAUGUGGAGCUAUCGAUGAUCAUUAUGAAAGUCAAUGUCCCACUACUAUAAUAUGUAGCAGGUGUGGUGAAAAGGGACACAUUGUGCUGCAAUGUAAAAGCAAGAUCCGAAAGAGACAAUACUGUCGAACUUGUGACUCUUUUAAACAUGGUGACGAGAACUGUCCAAGCAUUUGGAGAAGUUAUAUAACGAAACUGCCGAGCCAAGGGGAAAAUGAGGAAAGCUCAGUUUUACCAAGAAUUUACUGUUACAACUGUGCAUCAAAUGAGCAUUUUGGUGAUGAAUGUGAUAAACCGAGAUCCUCCAGAAUACCUAAUUUUGGUAGUGCAUUUAGUGGAAACAAUUUACCCAAAAAAUACAGAAACCUUUAUUUCAAAAGACUCAGAGCUGCCAGCAACAGUCGGAUAGGAGAUGAAGAAUACAGACCAACAACAUCAACAAGAGAUUACACGAGUAACUUCACACCAUCAAGCAGGUACGAGGGAUUUGGCAGUCAAGGGUUUUCACGUAACGGUGGCGAUCAUCCCUCGAGGUCUGGCUUCUUCCCAAAGAGACAAUCAAGUGGAUUUGGGUCCAGUAACGGAUUUCUGAGAACGCCAAAAGGCCCAAGUCAGGAUAACAGAAGUAAAGGUAAAUUUAAUCUGAAUGCGUACGGCUCCAAGUCGAGUUAUAAUCAACCAACAAGAACAGGUAUGAUCAACCAAAAUGGGUCUCAAGAUCAAAGAGGUAUAUAUAGAAAUAGUACAAGAGGCGGGCCACAGCCUACUAGAUCAGGGUUAAUUGCCAAUAGAAAAUCCAAGAAUUUUAAGAAAAUGAAGUAUUGA